GUCGCGGGUGCGUGACGCGUUGCGGGCACGUGAUGCGUCGCCAAGUCGGGAGAUGGCUCACGGUCGCGAAGCUUCAUGCAAUCGUGAGAUACCGCCAAGACAUAGUCAAGACAUAGCCAGAGCAUCAUGUUCAAACGCUACGCCAGCAACAAUGGUGAGUCCUUUUCAUUCUAACAAAGAAUUAGAUGCUAAUACUAACGUUAUAGUUUCGGUUUUUAAAGAGCUCAUGCAGACCAUGAAAGCAGAUGGGGGAAAUGAACGUUUUCCGGUUUUGAAUGUGAUACCGGAAUUUGACCCUAGUAAACGAACUCAAACAGUAGAAACAUGGAUAAAUAAAGUAAACGAGUGUUCUCAAAUAUAUAAUUGGACCGAAAGACAAACACUCCACUACGCUCUUCCUAAAUUAGCGGGGUUGGCUCAGAAAUGGUAUCAAGGCCUACCUAGCAUGUUGUUUUCAUGGUCUGAAUGGCAGAACAAAUUAAAAUUGGCAUUUCCAAGUGACCAAAACUAUGGUCAACUAUUAACGGAAAUGCUAGCUUGCAGGGCUGAAUUUGGCGAGUCCUUAGAAGAAUACUUCUAUCAAAAGGUUGUCUUGUUAAAUAGGUGUAAUAUACACGGUAAAAACGCAAUAGACUGUAUUUUGUUUGGGAUUGAAGAUAGGUCUGUCAGAACAAGUGCAGAAGCCACACAAUUCACAGAACCUGAUAAAUUAUUAGUUUACCUCAGAAAUAUUAGAACUACUAAGAAGUAUAACAAGCCAAAUUCGUCCCUGCGGGUGGGCAACGCAGAAAACAAACAAUCUAAGACAUUAAAAGGACCUCAAAAUGAGCAUGACGGAAACAAUAGAAACUAUAGGUUGACAAAAUGCUAUAAUUGCGGUGAAGAGGGGCACCCAUAUUUCAAAUGUAAACUACCAAUCAAGCGUUGCGACAAAUGUCGUCAAGUAGGGCACUUAGCAGGCGGAUGUCCAUGCACCAAAGAAUCUAGUACUAAUAAUAAAACAGUUUUAAGAAUCGCAUCAGAGCCCGAUAGUGACUCUAAAUAUUUUAAAACUGCCGUUGUAAAUGGUAUGACUUUAGAUUGUUUUAUAGAUUUCGGAAGUCAAUGUUCCAUGCUGCAAGAAUCUGUGGCUAAGAAUUUAGUUAGCUCAUGGUCUAUAUCAGAACUACCUGUAUUAAGAGGUUUUGGGGAUAGUGUUGUAAGUUGCUUAGGUAAAUGCAGUGUUGAGAUAAAAAUAGAUUCAGUCAUUGCUAUGGUAGAAACACUUAUAGUGCCUGAUAAACUAUUACAAGUUCCUUUACUCUUAGGACAAACAUUCACGGAACAAGAACAUGUUGUCGUCGUAAAGACUAACAACCAGCUUAAAAUAACUACGAACAUAACUAAUAACGUAUUAGUAUAUGUUAAUGACUCACUCACCAUACAUGGGUAUACCCUAGUGAGUAUUUAUACAAAACCGAGUUUUACUGGUGACUUAUUUGUUGAACCUUCCUUUUGUCAGGAUACUCAUAAACAAUACGAGAUCAUUCAAAGUGUAAUACAAGUAAAUGAUGGGCAGGGAACGAUUGUUGUCAAAGGCUUAAAUUCUGGAUUCAAAUUGCUGAAAGAUACUUUAUUGCUUCGGGCUCUUCCAUUAAGUGAAGCACAGGCACUAAACAUUGGCAGAAUAGAACAUUGUCCAAAUAAUACAGUAACACCCCAAAUUAAACUCUCAUUAGUACAGGUUGAUGACGAUAUUGGAUCUGAACAUAAGACCAGAUUAAUGGAACUGCUUAAUGAGUUUAGGGACUGUUUUGCUUUUUCGGCUAAAGAACUAGGUUGUAUAAGUGGUACAGAAAUGAAUAUAAACCUUAGCGAUACCACCCCUGUAGUAUACAGACCUUAUAGAUUGUCGUAUUCGGAAAGGCAUGUAGUUCGCGACAUGAUACAAGAAUUAACUGAUUCAGGAAUAAUUAGGCAGUCGUCGUCAAAUUACGCAUCCCCAAUCGUAUUAGUACGCAAAAAG